AUGCCGGUCCUCUGCUUCGCUCCGCGCGAGCUCGGCUUCCGAGACGCGGCGCGCGCCUCUGCCGCCGGCCUCAAGCCGGGCGUCAUGCUGCGCGUGCGUCCGGUCCUCCUCUCGCAGGGGAUCAACGAGGAGCAGUCGGUCGCGAACCUGAUGCAGACCCACACCGCCGAGCAGACGGCGCUCAACGAGAGGGCGCUCGCCCAGCUGAACGAGUUCCAGGCGGCUCAUCAGAAACGGUGGUUCGUGGUUCGUUCUGUAGGCGAGGCUUGCUUCCCGCCCGAGCUGCUCCGCCAGCAGCGCGAGCUCCUCGUCCGCGCGCGCCAGCUCCUCUCCUCGCCUCCCGACCCGAAGAACGUCGGCUUGCUGCACGCCACCGCCGCGCUGACCCGGCUGCUCGACGGAGGGAGGGCGACGUUGUGCAAGAGCGGCAAGGACCGGACAGCGAUGUCCAUCACGCUCGAGCACACGCUGCUGCUGCAGCGAGCCCACGGCCUCUCGGAGCACCUCGCCUCGGCCGCCCUCACCGCCAUGCGCCGCCACGGCGUGCGGCGCGAAAAUGUGCGCCAAAACACGAACAAGCGCGUGGCUCUCGCCCCGCCCUUCCCUCUCUCGUUUGUGAUUUGCGUCUCUUGA